AACGUCAAUGAAUGUACAAAAAACAUUUUACACUCUCCACUCAAAAUCUUUUACGGAUAUGCAUUACAAUGUUAUACCUCCACUAAACUCCUCAAAAUAAAUAGUACUGUCAAAAUGGCUCGAAAAAAAAAGUACCUUUACUUCGCCUAUUGCGUCAACAUGCUGAGCUCUAGGAUGGAAUGUUGCGUCGACAAGAACAUCGUCCGGAAAGGUCACGCUAAACUGGAUGGCUACAAACUGCUGUUCGGAUCCUAUAACGAAGAAUGGGAAGGCUGCCUGCCCACCAUCGCCAAGUCUUGCUGUUCCGAUGACGUAGUGUGGGGCGUACUCUGGGAAGUGGACGAAUCUGUGAAACCGCGCUUGGACAGGUUGCAAGGAGUCGGCAACAAGAUAUACGAGCAGUGUGAAGUGGAGGUAAACGUCUUCAAGAGCAGUUCGGCGGCCCGCGCCAUGACCUAUCGCCUGGCCAAGAGGCCGCUCAGUCCUAUCCUCUACAGAGAUCUGCAUCCGAGGCUGCGGUACCGUCCGUCCAAGCUCUACCUCGAGGAGAUGGUGAAGGGGGCUGCGGAGUCAGGUCUACCGACCUUCUAUCUGAAGAAGUUGAAGAACAUUGCACACAACGGCUACGGUAAGGGUACCGGCGAGAUUUCUGUGGCCAUUCUGUAGUUCACAGUGCUACAAAUAUUAUCACUUACUUUCUAGCACUGCAUAUCGUAAACUUACUAUAUUCGACAAUAAAAUACUAAAUCGAU